AUGAAGAAGCAUCACUCGGUGCAGGGCACCUUCAGCCGCCUGUUCGGGAAGCGCCAGGCCAGCCCCGCCGCCGCCGCGUCCCUCUUCGCCGCCAACCCGCCCUGGAUCUUCGCGCAGGAGGUGACCUCGGACAGCGCGGGGGGCACCGGUGAUGUGAUUGAAGUGUACUAUGGUGACAAUCGCUUUGGGACAGUGACUGACUCUGGCACAGCAACGCUGAAGCCUCGCCCGCGAGUGCGGCCACUGCUGACCUUCCUGCCCCUGAAUGCCCAAGAAUCCCAUGGAGUGGCUGUGCCAACACCAUCAGUGCCAGAAGGCUUUGAGGAAAAAGCAGCUCUUGGCUCUGGCUCCCAGCUCAAUGGCAACUACCGACUGUACAGCUCGGUGGGGGACCUGCGCCCGCAGGCUCUUGAGGGGGACGACCUGGAUGAAGACAUCCCUCCACCACCAUCGGUCCCCCCGCCACCCCCUCCAACGGCACCAGCACCCAGCCCCCCGCCUGCAGCCCCACAGGUCCCUCCACCACCCGACAUGCUGCCGCCACCCCCACCCGCACCCGCUGAGGUGGUGCCGCCGCCCCCUGCCAUGGCGGCUCCGCCACCCCCAGCCUCUGCCCUGUCCUCCCCCAGCACACCGGCUCCUCCAGACUUCAUUCCCCCGGCGCCGCCGCUCAGCCGGGCCCCAGCACCCUUCGGCUCCGGCCUCUCCAAGUGGAAGUCUGAGACGGUGCUGAACACGCGGCAGGCGGAUGCUGAGGGGCCGCUGUGCCCCGCCGAGCCUGGGCUGCCGCCUGCCCCCGGCCCCAAGGAGACUCAGCAGCCCAAGCACUGUCCCGAGCCCCACCUCACUUUCCCCAGGUCCUUCAAGGUGCCCCCACCAGCCCCGGCGCGUUCCUCGUCCAUCCCGGCGCAGGAGAGCCAGCCCGCGGGGCAGGAGCCCUUCGCCAGGCAGCCUCACGCCCGGCCUCCCCUCCCGCCCUGCUUCACCGUGAGACCCGCAGCCAAGGCCCACGGAGGAGGAGAAGCCGAGCAGAGAAGUUCCCUGCUGAGACAGGCUGUCGUGAAGCCAGCUGUGCCAACGCCCCCGCCGCUGAGCCCCAAGCCAGGCCGAGGGCUCGGCCAAGGGGCCAAUCCUGCUGGUCACCGCUCCCCGCUGCCAGGCUCUGAGCUGGAGAAGGUUCCCCAGGUGGAAACAGCCGAGAGAGACUCUCCUCCAAAAUCCAGCCCUCUCUCUGCAAAUGACCUGGACCUCCCCCCUCCAGACUACCCAACGUGCGAAGACGACUGGAGGGAUGCCGGCAAUCUGAGCAGGCUGCGGCACGAGCUCUCGGCUCUGCUGUGCUCCCCACGCCGGGAGGGGAGGCUGCCCGAGAAGCCGGCUGCUCCCCAGCCCGCAGCCAGCGCCAUCAGCCACACCAGCAGCCGUGAGCCCGGUCUCAGCGGGCCCAAACCCACUGGAUCUGCUGGGAGCGAGGCACAGGUACCUGCAGGAGGGGAAAGCGAGAAGAAGGAGGUGCCUGUUAGCCCCCCCAGCACCAAGGGAGGCUCAAGCAGCACGGUGCUGCCCGCUCCAGAGAGCAACCCUGCCAUCCAGACCCGCAGCGUGAUGGAGAUCAGGAACGAGCUGGAGGCUGUGCUCGCCCUGAAGAAAGAAGCAAAGCCUGCCCUGGGGCUUGCCAGCCAGAAGCAGAACACUGAGAAUGGCAGCAGCCCCCCUGGCCUGAGGAGGAGUCCCCCUGACCUGGGGAACUCGGGGCCGCCAAAACCAGCCCCAAGCCCGCUCCCAGCACCAGCGGCUGCAGAGAAGUCUGAGACGGGGCACAAGGACCAUCCUGCUCCUGCUGCUGGCAGGGCCAUGGAGGACUCACCCCCAGCUCCUGGGUCCCUCGACAGCAGUGUGAGCCCCUCAGACCCUGCACAGGGAUCAGCAGAGGAGUCCCCUGCUCCAACUCCCCCCUUGCCUCCUGUUUCUCCUGCAGAGAGCCCAGUGCAACAGCCCAAUGCGGCCAUCUUCCAGUACAAGGUGCACCGGGCCGCGGCCAGCUUGGAUGAACCGCCCUGUGCCUUGGGCUUGGAUGAACCGCCCUGUGCCUCGGGCUCAGCCGAACCGCCCUGUGCCUCGGGCUCGGAUGAACCACCCUGUGCCACGAGCUCAGCCAGGAGCCCGCCGGCUGCCUCCAGACAGGGGCAGGAGGAGGUGCUGAUCCACCCCGUGACGGGGGAGCGGGUGGAGAGGGGCUCCCCCAUGGCUCUGCUCCUGGCAGCCCGGCAGCGUGCCCAGCGGGGCCGGCACGGUGCCGAGGCGGGAGCUGCACCGCGGGCAAAGCCACCCCUGAAACUCGGCGCGGCCUCGUCCGACACGGCCUCCACCAGCAUCUACCGCCACGAGUCCAAGCCCCACUCCUUCACUGUGGUGCCCCGGGCGUCUGCAGCGGGGUCGGGAUGGAGCAAACCUCCGUCCUUCUCCAGCUCCUCGGAGCAGGGUCAGGGCUCUCGGGCCGCGGGGGAGGCGGCAGCCGGCAGCCUCCCUGGGCAGCGCCGGGCCUCUGCCUCCAUCCUGCUGCGCGGCCUCCUCGAGUCCGGGCAGCGCACCCAGCCUGGCUCGCCCUGCCACGACCGGCCCGGGGAGGAGGACAACGGGGACACGGUGCUGGACUAUGGGAUUAUCCCCCCGCCCCCCGAGUUCAGCAACGAGGUGGACGAGGCCAAGGAACCCGUCCCGAGUGGGGAGGAGAACCGCAAGUGCCCCAGCUUCCCGGGCUGCGGCCGGGGCUCGGCAGCGCCGCGGUAUCUCAGGUGGUCGGGCUACGGGCACAGCCCCGGGGGCAGCCGCGAGCCCUCGGCCCCACUGCCGGCGGGUCACAGCGGCAGGAACGGCGGCUCCGCAGCCCAGCACCCGGCUUACGGCAGCUCCGCCGCUCCCCUGGGCCGCGGCCCCAACCCUCGCCCACUGAUCAAGAAGCGCCUGUACGUCUCGGAGCCCGACAGCUCCUACCCGCGGGCAGCUGCAGCCCCUCGGGGCGCCGGCGGCCUCUCCUCCUACGGCCCCGGGGCGUUUGGCUCGCCAGGCGCAGAGGGAGCCCGCCGGCUGGGCCCUGCCGCCAGGAGCGGCCCCGCGGGGGCACAGGGCCGGCGCACGUCCAUGGAUGCUGCCGGCAAGGCCUCGUCCUACGGCAGCGCCGACGCCAAGUACAAGGGGCAGAACGGGGAUUUCUCGCCCGCCAGCGUUGUGGCAGCCGGCAGGCCUGCUCACGGCAGCUCACACUAUGGAGGACCUACCACCACCUUCACGGUCAGGCCCGGCACACGGCAGCCCAUCUCCUACGCCUACCAGAGCGGGCACCGGUAGGCUCUGUCCUCGGAGAAGGGGUGAGAAGCUGACUGGCUCCGUCGCCUCUUUCUCCGUGGGCACCAGGGACGGGCCCAA